AUGCUCCCUAAGCUUUGAAGGAGUUCUGAUUAUUUUGUGGAUGCCUUUAGUGCCAAAAACAUUGAACUUGGAACACAAGAGUUUCCAUAUCGUUCUUUCACUUCACUAGCCUCUGAGGUUCUAAAUAUCCAUUCUAAUACCGAAAGAACUUUAAGAAUAUUUACGAACGAUUGCUAUAUCAAAGAUAACGAAAUAUUGUUGAUCAACAUCACAAAUGUGAUCCUAAUGCCUCUACCUGAUUAUAAUAUCUUUGAGCAUUAUAAUCUUUCCAAAAAAUCCCCUCAAAAACCUCUGCUGGUGCCAACACACUUCGAACAGCAUGGAAUCUCUGAAAAAGCUCUAUUCCACAUUCUCUCUCAUGCAGAUAUGCAGGUUGAUAAAGUCCUUGCUGAAAGUAAAUUCUCUACAUAUGAGAAGGAUAAGUUAUCAGCCUAUACUUCUACUAUAAAACCACUAAGGACCUCAUUAGAGAUUAUGGGAGUUGACUUUUAUCGAGAAGAGAUUGAUUAUAACCAGAAGAACAAAUUGAUCACCCCUAUUUAUGCACAAGACAGACUCCUUAAGAUAGUGAACACUGACAUCAACAUCACUGGAGAAAUAGUGAUCACUAACGAUCCAAUAAAUGUUCAUUUUGAGAACAUCACAGUUGAAGGGUAUAGCCUCAGAAGUCUGUUUGAUGACAACCCUGUGGUCUACAACUACCCUGAAGCCUUUGUUCGUCCAAGUUUUUAUGCGAAGAACAUCAGCUAUGUCAUUUACAAAGACAGGACAACUAUUAGAAACACUGACAUAUUCUUGUUCACUGGACCCGCUAAUGUGACUAUUGAGAAUAUUGAUAUUGGCAGAUUCUAUUCAACAGCUGCAGAUUAUACAUCAGCAAUCAGCUGCUUUAUAAGUCCUCAAUGAAUUCCAGAAGAUGAGGAGUCCCAAAUUUAUGAUGUCAACGGGUACAAGAGCAGAUUUGUGUUUGAUGGGCACAAAGAUCGCACUUUUGGAAAUUUAUUCUUCAUUUAUCAACCUCAUUACAGAAAUUACGAAGUAAAUUUUACAAACUUUGAUAUGAGAGGACUCCACAUUUAUCAGCCUUUUACAGUAAUUCCAAUUGGAGCUACACCUAUCGAUUCAUUCUAUAUUUCAAACGUAUUCAUAUCAAAUGCGACUGUCCUCGACGACUUCAUCGGCGUAGGGUGGGUAAAGAAAGCCAUUCUGACAAACGUUACCAUAGAAAAUGUUUUCGAUAAUAAUGGCAUAAUCACUUUGGUAGAGCCUUUAAAUGUAAUUGUGAGUGAUAUUAGUGUGAGGGAUUACACUGCAAAAUCUACAAAGACUUUAAGUGACUUUGAAAUAACAAGUCUACUUGAGACUGAGAUCAGCAUAAACCGACUUUUCCUGUCCAACUGCAUUUUUAGAGGAGCUCCUUUUAUAGACACCAAUCAGAGAUUACAGAAAUUCGAACUCACUAAUGGAUUCUUUCAGGGAAUUCAAAAUGCAGGCCAAGUCCCAAUAAUGCAUUUGAGAUCAGUAUCCUCGCUUGCUAUCAUGAAUCACACAUUUGAGAAUGUGUCAAUCCCUGAAGGAGAUGAACCCCUGAACUACUUCAUCGACAUUGUACAGUUGAAACUUGAAGAAGACAGUGAAACAAUACUUGAAGAUAUUUCGUUUGAUAACGCAGACAUCUCCUUCAUUAAUGUAAAGACCAUUACAUCUGUAAAUGCUGAGAGUAACAUUGUUGUCAACAACCUGGCAGUUAUGAAUACUUACUUCCAGACUUCUCGGUCAAUAAUAUCUACUCAUGGGUUUGAAGUACCAACGAAUUGCCACCUGGUUUUCGAAAACUUUACAGCUUCUAACAUUAGCUUCAAGACAAAAGGGGAGCUUUUCAAUUUCAAACAUUACUUGCUGAAUCCUGUGGUCAUCAGGAAUUCUGUGUUUGAGGACUUAUCGUCAGCAAGCAUUGUGAUGAACGUGAUCAGACCAUCAAACUCAAGCAUGUCAAGCAAAGUGAGGUUCGAAAGUUGCCAAUUCACGAAGAUCCAGAACCCUCAGAGAUCUUUCAUUGACUCUCCGUCUAAUGGAUACUUUGAGAUUGCCUCAAGCAACUUCUCUGAGAUAUCAUCCAUCAAUGAUUUCUCAGGAGUCCUGCAUCUUUCAUCAAGAUCUCAUGUAUUCUUCUCUGAUUGAAUUUUUACGAAUAAUUCAGCAAUAUCUUCGGGUUUAUUUAAAGCUGACAGAGAGAGCAACCUCACCUGAGUUAAUUGCAAGAUCUACAAUAACUUUGCACUCAAAUAUGCUAUUUUUGAGGCUCAUACAGGCGGAAGAAUGCAAUUCGUAAAUACUGUAUUGAGCAAUAAUUAUGCCAUCCAACAUUCUAUUGGGAUUAUCCAAGAAACAGUGCAAAUGUCAGUCUUCUCCAACUGAACGAUCUUUGGGAACUCUUAUGCUACUCAAGCAGAAAUCAUCCAAGCUGUAAAUAAUCAGUGCAACAGAGUUUGAAUGUUGAGUAAUGAAUUAAAGCAGCACUUAGGUAAGUAUUGAAGAUUUCAUAUGUUAGCCACGAAUCUCAGUAUAGUUACUGUGACUGAACCGUCAAUAUUUUCGUUGGGUUUGAUUACAGGCUCGAUCCUAAUAAACUCAGAGACAGAAAUUUAUAACCAACCAUAUUUUGUUAACUCAUUUUUAUCAAAUGUUGAAUUUACAGGUCUAACUCUUCAUUCAAUCGAAUUUUCAGACAUUUACUCCUUCUUGUUAUCUUCAAAUGUGACAAUACAAAAUAGCUCAAUUUAUUCGGUAAAUUCUGCUAAUGAAGGAACUCUGCUCGAGACUUCUGAUUCUAGAAUCAUAAUAAACAACAUCACCUACUCUAAUUCUAAUGCAGCAUUUAUUGUAUCAUCCUCAGCAGAACUUUAUGUCAAAAGUCUUGUUUUGGACAAAAUUCAUGGUUCAGAAUCAUUGAUGGACAUUUACAGAUCUCCCAAGCUGAAGUUGGAAGAUAUCCAAUUAGCGGAUUAUUCUACUUCAACUAGCAGAGUUAUUUUCAUAGACAAAUGAGAACACCUCAUCAUACUGAACACAACUGUAGCAAACUACACAAAGACUUUGUUCGUAAUUCGGAACUCUUACGUCAGCCUCAUCGAGAACCUUCAUGUGACUGGAUAUUACAGAGCUCUUGAGGUUGUAAACAGUAAUAUCCAGCUGAUCAACCACUCAAGCUUCUCUCAAUGUGGAAGUGACCUGCUAAUUUAUGCUGGAGCAUUGUACAUUGAAGAAAGCAAUGCGACACUAUCAAAUACGAGCUUCGUUGAAAAUAAAGCAGUCUCAGGUGGAGCUAUUGCUUCUAUAUGCUCUACUCACAUUAACUGAAAUGUUAAGAUACAAAAUAGCAACUUCACAUCUAAUGUAGCAUCAGGAAAAGGAGGAUCAAUAUACUAUAGCUACAAACCUGCUGCUAUUGACGACCAUACAGUCUUUGCUGAUAAUUCAGCACCUUAUGGAGACAAUAUUGCAAGCUAUCCCGCUCAGAUUGGCUCUUUAGGAGGAAAUAUAUCAGAAAAAAUCGAAAUUGAUCUUGUUUCACCUGGAAUACCAAUUAUUCAAGAAAUAAAUGUUGCUUUGUAUGACGGAGAUGGCCAAAUAAUUACCAUGGAAAACUCAAGUCAGGUCAUUAUAACUCCUAAAUCUCAGGAUUCUUCUAUCAAAGGAAUCAGUUCAUUCAAACUUGUCAAUGGAACAACUAAAUUCACUGGUUUUACUCCUAUUUCUCAGCCUGCUUCUUCUCAAGUAAGGUAUGAGGUUUCAUCAAAAUCAAUAGUAAGAGAGAAAGUGACAAAAGCCUUCAAUUCUAAGAUCUCACCACUAGAGAUACUUAUAAAUUUCAGUUAUUGCAAGCCUGGAGAGCAAGUUAUUAAUGGACAGUGAUAUAAAUGCCCAGCUGGAACUUAUUCAUUUGAUUGGAACUCCACUCAAUGCCAUAAAUGUUUAGAUAAUGCUGAUUGUCUAGGAAAUCAGCAGAUGAAAGUAGCCAAAGGCUACUGGAGAAGAUCAACCAAUUCAACCACGUUGAUUGAAUGCUUCAUAAAAGAUGCAUGCAAAGGAGGAUACCACCCAGAAAAUGAGCAUCCUGUUCAAUGAGGAACUGGCUAUACCGGCAAACUGUGCUCAAAAUGUAAAAUUACUUCAGACCAGAAAUAUCAAAGAAUAAAUGAUUUUGAAUGAGAAGUAUGCCCAAAUCCGAUAUUUAAUGCAUUGAGAGUCAUUGGAUUGGUAAUAUUGAUAUUAGCCUUCUUCAUGGUCAUUAUUAUCGCCAAUAUCAGAAAGACUACUGAGAGUGAUUUUUCAAUUUUAUUAAGAAUUCUUACAAGUUAUCUCCAAAUCAUUACAACAUCAAUGUCAAUGACAACCAAGUACCCAUCGUCAAUGGCCAUCAUAUUUUUGCCUAUUGAAAGAAUUGGAGGAUCAUCUCAAACAUUUCUAUCCUUUGACUGAUUCAUUAACUUAAAUAAACCAUCCUAACCCCAACAAACCAAUUCUAGUGACGAGCCUCCCACUCUCCCAGUCCAACCCUCCACUCGCUUGACCCACGAACAUAGCCAACUUACCACCUAUCUGCCGACCCCAGUUCCAUAAGAAUCCAUCCCAUCUAUUAGCAGCACCACAGCCAAACAUUAGUUUAAAAACAGACCAGUCUCCACAGAUGGUCUAGACUAGGCUGAGCAUAGCCAAGCAGGCCAUAACAGCUUUGAAGGAGUACGCCAAGAGCUAAAGGUAGGUCUGCUGUAGGGAGUGACGCACACAAAGGUUAGCCUUGUGGGUUACGAGUUUGGAACAUUGGGAUAUGCUAAAGUGUAUCUGUCCUAUAGGAUUUAGUCUUACUUGACACUUGUGUGCGCGUUGAAACUGUUUUUGGUCAUUUAUGGGGGUAAAGUUUAAUGGUUUUAGUCAAAAUGAACUUUUAACGCUAAGAUAAAAAAUUUAUAGCAUUUUCUAUUAAUUGGAAUGGAUAGGUUCAUUUGGGCUGGAAAGAUGUUAGCACAUUCUCUUUGAGCUUGGAUUGUUUUGGGUUUUCUGUGCUGCCAAUAUCUUAUAAGUAUCUCUACAAAUCAUAGAUGAUCCGGAUAAAAUUACCAAACAACUCUAAACCUUAUGUUUCACACAUGAGUCAUUACUUGUAAAAAUUCCUUAGCCUUUACUAAAAGAAUAUCUCGGCAAUCAAGAAAGUGCUUCUUUAUCUUGGAGAAACAUGAAUUAUCUUCCUUGCACCAAUAAGGAAAAAAAUCACUUCUAUCAAAUCUAUUCUUG